AUGAAAACAACAGCAAAGAAACUGAUAACGCGAAAUUUCUUGGGAAACUUCGAAGGAGAAAAAAUGCUGUUCUUAAUGCAGCCAAAGCAUGAAGUGAAAAGAAAAAGCAUAAACAAUGCUGCAAUCAUUCCCAGAGUCGCUAGGCCAAUUCCUACUUAUCCAAUGUUUAUUGUCUUUAAUGUUCUUUAUGUUGUUGGUUAA